AUGUAUACAGCCAAGAAACCUUGCGUGAUAACUUACUUGAUAUCCACACUGGGUCAAGUUGAUCUUCUGCAUUACUGGGACUUUGCCCUGGACCAAAUAGGCAAAACCUCAGAUGCUGGACAGUGUACUCUGGUGAGUCUGAGGAAUGAGCUUUUUCUUACUGUGAGUGAACAACGGUAUAAGGGUCUGUCUGCAGGUCGGAUUUCCCAGGUUAUUGUUGGAGAUGAGCGGCAGCAAUACCUCUUGGUGAUUGGGCAGGAUGUAGAUGAUGUCCAGUUAGCUCAGCGUUUGGCUCAGGCGAAUGAAAUUGUCCUAUCCUGGAAGUGCUGGAUGCUCUGCGAGCAGUAUAUGUUUGAAGUGGAAAUCAUGAGGGAGGAUGAAGCUGUGAAGAUUGAUGAAGGCCAGCCUAUAGAGUAUGUAUCUGAAUUCCGUAUGGUGACUCUGGUUUUGGUCAGCCUAGAGUUCCACAAGACAGCGUGGAUGUUGCAUUUGUGUCAUCUUAUCCAGGAGGCUGCCUUAUACAUCUCCACAAUCAUUGAGAAACGGGGUGGCCAGCUGAGUGGGAUCUUUAUGUUUGAGAAAGGCUGCAUGUUCCUCUGUGUUUUCGGCCUUCCUGGUGAUAAGAAGCCAGACGAGUGUGCACAUGCCCUGGAGAGCUCCUUCAGCAUCUUCAGCUUCUGCUGGGAGAAUCUUGCUAAGACCAAACUUGUUUCCAUCAGUAUCACUAAUGGACCAGUAUUCUCUGGUGUGGUUGGAGCAGUAGCAAGACACGAAUAUACAGUUAUUGGCCCAAAAGUGAGUCUUGCGGCCAGAAUGAUAACUGCUUAUCCAGGUUUGGUGUCCUGUGAUGAGGUAACAUAUCUAAGAUACAUGCUACCUGCUUGCAACUUCAAGAACUCCCAGAGAAAAUGAUGAAAAACAUCUCCAACCCAGGGAAGAUAUAUGAAUAUCUUGGCCACAAAAGAUGUAUAAUGUUUGGAAAAAGACAUUUGGCAAGAAAGAGAAACAAAAAUCACCCUUUGUUAGACCGGAAGAAAGAAUUGGAAGCCUUCCAAAUGGCACAGCAAGGGUGUUUGCACCAGAAGAAGGGACAAGCAGUUCUGUAUGAAGGUGGAAAAGGCUGUGGAAAAGCCAGCUGUUGGCUGAAAUAAACUUCCUGGCACAGAAGGAAGGGCAUAG